CAGGUGAGCAGCAGUAGCUGCUGCCGCAAUAGCCUCCGUCUUGCCCAGGCGAAGGGUUUCGGUGGGGAUGUGACCGUGUUCCUUUUCUCGCGUGGGUGAGCGCGCGGCUUUUAAGUCAAGAGGAGCUUUUCCAACCAGGGACGCCCGACAGAAUGAACAAUCCCAUACCUUCCAAUUUGAAAUCGGAAGCCAAAAAGGCUGCUAAGAUUUUAAGAGAAUUUACUGAAAUAACCUCCAGAAAUGGUCCUGACAAGCUCAUACCUGCCCAUGUAAUUGCCAAAGCAAAAGGCCUUGCAAUCUUGUCUGUUAUCAAAGCAGGAUUUUUGGUAACAGCUCGAGGAGGCAGUGGGAUAGUACUAGCUCGCCUGCCUAAUGGAGGCUGGUCUGCUCCUUCUGCCAUAGGAAUUGCUGGCCUUGGUGGUGGAUUUGAAAUUGGUAUUGAGGUAUCAGAUCUUGUAAUAAUAUUGAACCAUGAAAGAGCAGUUGAAGCGUUUGCAAAAGGUGGAAAUCUUACUCUGGGAGGAAAUUUCACAGUGGCAAUUGGACCUUUAGGGAGAAAUCUAGAAGGGGAUGUGGCACUGCGGAGCUCCGCUGCUGUUUAUACCUAUUGCAAAUCUCGAGGACUAUUUGCCGGAGUCUCUUUGGAAGGAACUUGCUUAAUUGAAAGAAAAGAAACGAACAGCAAGUUCUAUGGCCGAGAUAUUCGUGCCAGCGCCAUUUUGUUUGGUGAUAUUUCUCCUCCUCUUCAGGCACAAGAUCUUUAUGAUAUCCUUGAGUCUUUUACUCUUCAAUAUGAAGUUGAGGAAGGGAGAAGCUACAGUAGUGCACCAGUGGCCAAAGAACCAAGAAAGAAUUAUGUAAAGCAACAGCCAAGUAAGGCACCACAGAACAUUCCACCAGAAGCUCCAAGAACAUCAAACAGACUUUAUCCUGACCUUCCCAAGAACUACACUCCAAUUGAAAACUCCAAGUUCAAUUCUACAAUUGUGACAGCCAUAUAUCCCUUUCAAGGACAGCAGCCUGGAGAUUUGACUUUUAACGCUGGAGACAAAAUCAAGGUCACCACAAAAACGGAUUCCCAAUUUGAUUGGUGGGAAGGAAGUUUACACGGCAGGACUGGCAUUUUUCCUGCUAAUUAUGUAACACUGAACUAAAGUAUUUACUUAAAAAUGGCCUUAUACUUUCGAUUGAUAACCUUUUCUUAAGUAAACAUAAGACUGAUCAUUUUAUACUUUUUUGAUUCAGUUGAAUGUGGGCUCCUGUAGGAAAGAUCCAUUAAAGCACUCUUGUCAUGGUCUUAAUUUCCACUGCAGCCAGUGGUGAAAUGUAAAAUCUGUUACUACCGGUUCUGUGGGCGUGGCUUGGUGGGGGGAUAAUGUGACUGGGUGAGCGUGGCCAACUUUUUUUUUUUUUAAAGCAUUUUUUCUACAACCUGUUCGGCCAAAGAGGUGGUAGAAAAAAUGCUUUUAAAAGGCUCUGACGAUCCCAGCUGAGCCGCACGAUUAUCAGAGGCUUUUUUUUUUACUUUUAAAAGCAUUUUUUCAGCCAAAGAAAAAAUGCUUUUAAAAGUUAAAAGAAACCCUCUGAUGAUCACGCAGUUCAGCUGGGCAUUGGGGGGGGGCAGGGAUUUUUGCUACCGGUUCUCCGAACCACCCGCCGCCUUCGCUACCAGAUCAGGCGAUCCAGUCCGACCAGGAGCAUUUCACCCCUGACUGCAGCCCUCUGUUUUACAGAAAGGAGAUUGUAAAGAACAGAAGAGUCACAUACUGUAUGUCUCUUAUAUUCAGUUUUCCAUUCUAAAGCUAGAUAUUGCAUUGGAGAGGGAUAUGGAAACACUGUUGGAUUUUGUGGAAUUCCCCUAUUUUGUUCCAUGCUGCUGUUGGCAGAGGAAAUAAGGCUGCUAGAGAUCCAUAAGGGCUCUUCUAUUUAUGUGGAUCAGGCUUGUUUUACAGGAUCACUCUUAUCAUAUUUUUCAAGCUUUUUUAGAAAAUAAAUUCAAAAAUAAUAUUUUUCAUAAAUUUUAAUGCCUUUCUAUAAUGAACAAAGCAUAGAACUAAUUGGAAUGAACUACACGACAGGUGCUGCAUUUAAUAUAUUGUGUGUUUAAUAUGGUCUCAUUACUAAUUCAAAAUCCAACCUUAAAUUAUUUUCGCCAAGGGUCUUCUGUAUUUCUUCUGAACAAAAAAAGUUUUCAUAUUAGGUACUGUGUUUAAGAAUGUAAAUGUUAUUCCUUUGGAUUUAGUUUAAAUUGCUGUUUGUAUUUCUUAUAUCUAAGCUAAUAAAUCAUGAUGAGUAAA